CCCGCCAUAGAGCUGAGUGGAGAAGAAGACUUAAACCACAGUCUGUGCUGCUCGAUCAUGUCAGAAACACCGGUGAAACGUGAAACUGACGGCGUAGAAACCGAUCAUUUUACCCACAAAGUUAAAAAGGCGAGGGUUGGCGAUGAUGGAGGUCGAGGAGAAGAUGGAAAUGAAUCCGGAAAUAUUCUUCAUGGGUUUAAAACAACAAAGAUCCUGAGUGAUUCAGCCCGGGAGAAAACCAUCUUCAUUCAUGGACAGUUUGCUGAAAAGGAGGCUGUGGUGAUCCUGGAGAAGACUCCCUUCAGAGAGGAUACCCUGGAUGAUCUCUUUACUGACUCCGUGCUGAAGCUGGAGAUGAGGAACGACAUUUACAGCACUUAUCGAUUACAGGCUCCCCAUCAUCUCAAUGAGAUAAAGACUACAGUGGUGUGUCCAGCCACAGACAAGCAUGUGAAGAAGUACCAGCGUCAGGAGAGUUUCCUGGUGGAGGAGACUGGAGACGAUUAUCAGUCCAUCACUCUGCCAUAUAUCCAGCAGCAGAGCUUCAGUCUGCAGUGGGUGUACAACAUCCUGGAAAAGAAGGCAGAGUGUGACCGGAUUGUUUUUGAAGAUCCGGACCCAAAGGUUGGCUUUGUCCUCCUUCCAGAUUUCAAAUGGGAUCAAAAACAGGUGGAUGAUUUAUACCUGAUUGCCAUAGCUCACUGCAGAGGCAUAAGGAGUCUCAGGGAUCUGAAGUCUGAGCAUCUACCGCUGCUGCAGAACAUCUUUCAGAAAGGAAAGGAGGCUAUCAUGCAGCGAUACAACAUCCCAGCCAGUAAGCUGAGAGUCUACCUGCACUACCAGCCAUCCUACUACCACCUUCACGUCCACUUCACCAUGCUGGGAUAUGAGGCUCCUGGCUGCAACGUAGAGCGGGCCCACCUCCUGGCUGACAUCAUUCAAAACCUCCAGUCUGACCCCCAGUACUACAGAACCCGGACCCUGUACUUCCCCCUGAGGGCUGAAGACGGCCUGCUCAGCAGGUUCAAAGAGAUGGGGAGGCUGUGAUGUGUGCACAUUUACUCAUACAGGUAAACGUAUACCUGUUUAAUUAAGGUUAUAAUGAUACACAGAGAAGCUGUGUGGUCAGUGAGGAUCAUGGUACAUGGUUCCCUGCAGUUGUUUCAGUCUGACGUGUGUUAAGGGGAUUUUAUUAUCACAUUAUUCCUUCUUUCUAUAUGAAAAAGGAGUCAGGGAAGCAUUGGAUGUACAACCAGCUAAAGGAUACUACUUUAAAAUUCUGAUUUUUGUAUGUUUUCUAUAUUUCAGCUGACUGAAUAAAGCAGUUCUUUCCCCUA